GCAACUUUAUUGACACCGGAAACAGCGGCGGUAACAGACUGCACGUGUAUACGUAUUAUCUGAAGGUUAUAGAGAAACACCGGUGAGAAAUCUCAUCGUUUCACUGUAAGAGAACCACGACAUUUUAUUUGUAGUUGAAGAGGUCCCGGACUACAACACUGUCAUGGAUCCCAUGAAAGCGCAGCAGUUAGCGGCAGAGCUGGAAGUGGAGAUGAUGGCUGAUAUGUACAACCGGAUGACCAACGCCUGCCAAAGGAAGUGUGUCCCCCCGCUUUACAAAGAGGCGGAGCUGACCAAGGGCGAGUGUGUGUGCUUGGACCGCUGCGUGGCCAAGUACCUGGACCUCCACGAGAGACUGGGCCGCAAGCUGACUGAGCUCUCCGUCCAGGAUGAGGACAUGAUGAGGAAAGCGGCCGUGGGCAGUAGAUAAAGAUGAGACUGGGAUGAGAUGGGAAAUCAUAGCUAGCGUGGUUUUCCGAUAAAUUGGUCGAAGGUGAUGGAGGAGAACUUUGUGGGCUGCACCUUCCAAGCUCAUCAGAAAGUGGACUCGUAUGUUCAGCCAAAAGUGGACUUGAAAUAUGAAAUAUGAAACAUUGUCUGGUGUUUGAAAGCAAAGUGAGAAGUAAUAGUUGGAGACUGUCUUUUUUUUUUUUUUUUUUUUAAACCGUUCUCUCCGCCCCAGGACAGCACUUUCCAAUCCACCAAUCACAGGUGAGGUGCGUUCACUGACAUAACAGAAAACACGAGCAGGUGGCUCACAUGUACUGAUAUGGUAAGCUAGCUCUCGGGUACACGUCUGUUACUUUAUACAAGUCGUUUUCUCAACCCUGCUGAUGUUGUGUACAAUGAAUCCGG